UCGCGCCCGCUCUGUGGAAUAAUUUUUGGAUAGUAGGCGCAAUUUUAACAAACUGCGGAGAGGUGAUUCACGAUACAGUUAUAACUAAAAGAAUGGCUGCUAAUGCUGCACAACCUGUAAAGAAUUUGAGAAUUAUUAUAGAAAACCUUCUAAGUAGUGAUAACGAUGUUAGAGGCAAUGCUGAGAUACAGUAUGAAGAAAUUAAUGCUUCAGAAAAAUUAUUCCUGCUGUUGGCACUUUUAGGGGAUGAUGCUGUUCCGCUUCAACAAGCAGAAUUAGCUGCUGUACUGUUAAGAAGAUUGAUUACCAGUGAUUUUGAUGUAGUGUUCGCAAAAUUAAUGCCGGAAGUUCAAGAAGGAGUAAAAACUCGGCUAUUACUUCGAUUGCAAGAAGAUAGAAAUCAUAAUUUAAGACGAAAAAUUUGUGAUGUUGCUGCUGAGUUGGCCCGAAAUUGUAUUGAUGAUGAUGGGAAUAAUCACUGGCCUGAGUUUCUGAAAUAUCUAUUUGAUUCUGCCAUAUCGCCUGAUCCCUUCUUAAGAGAAAUUGCAUUAUUGAUGUUUGCAUCCGUUCCUGGAGUGUUUGGAAAUCAGCAAGGCAGAUAUAUUGAUAUCAUACGCCAAAUGUUGUCUCAGUGCUUAACAGAUGUUCAGUCUCGACAAGUGCAAUAUGUUGCAGUCAAAGCUACUUCUAAUUUUUUAUUAGCUAAUGAGAAAGAGGUGCAUGUGCUAAAGCAAUUUACAGAUUGCAUUAAUCUGUUGCUUCAGUUUUUCAGUCAAGUAUUGGAUUCUAAAGAUGGACAACCAGAUGAAAUCUUGCGCCACUUAGUUGAAUUAGUUGAAUCCUGUCCGCAAAUGUUUCGCGGACAGUUGGAUGCUCUGCUUCAAUUAUGCCUAAAGGGUUUGUCAAGUCAAGAUCUGGAAGAGUCAUGCCAUCAUCUCUCUCUAGAAGUUCUUGUAACCAUAUGUGAAUCAGCACCUGCUAUGGUUAAAAAACUGGGUGGCAAACAUAUUCCUACUAUAUUGACCUUAAUAUUAAAGAUGAUGACAGAAAUAGAAGAGGAUCCCAAAUGGGAUUUUGUUGAUGAUGAAAAUACAGAUGAAGACAGUGACAGCUCUCCAAUUGUAGCUGAGGCCUCUCUUGAUCGAUUAGCCUGUGCAUUAGGUGGAAAAACGGUGUUGCCUUUUGUGUUGAGCACUUUGCCUCAGAUGUUGCAGUCUGCUAACUGGAAAGAUAGGUAUGCUGGCUUGAUGGCUAUUUCUGCUAUUGGAGAAGGUUGUCAUAAGCAAAUGUCAAUAAUGCUUCCUCAGAUAGUAGAUGGAGUAUUGCCAUUUCUUUCUGACCCAGUUUCUCGUGUUCGCUAUGCUGCCUGCAAUGCCCUGGGACAAAUGUCUUCUGAUUUUGCUUCUCUGUUUCAAAAAAAGUUUCAUGACAAGGUUAUACCUGCAUUGCUGCAACUCAUGAGUGAUUCUAGUAGUCCAAGAGUGCAAGCUCAUGCUGGCGCAGCUCUUGUUAAUUUCUUUGAAGACUGCCCCAAGAAUAUUCUUUCUCCGUACAUGGUGAACAUUGUAAAUGCUCUAGAAAUCGUGCUUAAAGCAACUUUGAAUGAUUUAGUUGAAAAGGGAACAAAAUUGGUCCUUGAGCAGGUAGUUGUUACUUUGGCAUCUUUAGCUGACAGCGCUCAGGAAAAAUUCAUUGAUUAUUAUGAAAAGUUUAUGCCCUUUCUGAAACACAUUAUUCAAAAUGCAAAUGAGCCAGUCUUACGUUUGUUGAGAGGAAAGACUAUUGAAUGUGUCAGCUUAAUUGGUCUUGCUGUAGGAAAGGAGAAGUUUUUGUCAGAUGCCAGUGAAGUGAUGGAUUUAUUGUUGAAAACACAGACUGCUGGUGCUCCAAUUUCUGAGGAUGAUCCACAGUUGUCUUAUAUGAUAGCUGCUUGGGCACGUAUCUGCAAAAUUUUAGGAAAAGCUUUUAAACCUUAUUUACCGUAUGUAAUGGAGCCUGUUUUAAAAGCUGCUUCAAUAAAACCGGAGAUUGCUGUUUUAGAUUCUGAUGACAUGAAAGUGGUUGGAAAUGAUGAUGAUUGGGAAUUCGUGAAUUUAGGAGAGAAGCACAAUUUUGGAAUUCGAACUGCUGGUUUAGACGAAAAAGCUACUGCCUGUCAAAUGCUAGUGUGCUAUGCAAAAGAAUUGAAAGAAGGAUUUGCUGAUUAUGUUGAUAUUACUGUAAAGCUCAUGGUGCCAAUGCUGAAGUUUUAUUUUCAUGAUGGUGUUCGCAUUGCUGCUGGAGAAAUAUUACCUUAUUUAUUGGAGAGUGGUAGAUCUUGUGGUGAUGCAUAUGUUCAAGAAAUGUGGCGAUAUAUUCUCCCUUCUCUUCUGCAUUCAUUGGAAUCGGAACCUGAAAGUGAAGUUUUAUGUGAACACAUGGCAGCUUUUUCCCAAUGCAUAGAAGUACUAAAUUGCCCAUGCUUGCAACCUGAAGAUUUAAGUAAUCUAAUGAACAUACUUAAUAAGUAUUUGGUUGGCCAUUUUGAACGAUCUGAUGAACGUGAAGCAAAGAGGAAAGAAGAAGAUUAUGAUGAAGUGCUAGAAGAAUCAUUAAUCAAGGAAGAUGAUGAAGAUAUUUAUCUUCUUAGCAAAAUUUCAGAAAUAAUGUCCAUAUUAUUCUCAACAUACAAAGAAGAAUUCUUUGUAUACUUUGAUAUGCUGUUACCACAUUUUGUUCGCCUCAUUGAACCUUCUAGACCUUGGCCAGAUCGCCAGUGGUCAUUAUGUGUUUUUGCGGAUGUCAUUGAAUACAGUGGACCUGCAUGCUCUAGAUAUCAACAAUAUUUCCUGCAACCUCUGUUAACAUCUUUAAGAGAUGAAAAUGUUGAUCUUAGACAGACAGCUGCUUAUACCAUUGGUAUAUUAAGUCAAUUUGGAGGCCCUGAAUUCUCGAAAUUUUGUUCAGAAUGCCUUCCUUUACUAAUAGAAGUUAUAAACAGCCCCGAUUCUCGAUCGGAGGAGAAUGAACGAGCUACUGAAAAUGCGAUAUCUGCCGUCACGAAACUUAUGGUCUUUAAUAAUUCCUACGUAACUUUGGAAGAAGUAUUGCCAGCAUGGAUUACAUGGUUACCAGUUUGGGAAGAUGAAGAAGAAGUCAGGUGUAUCUAUACUUUCUUAUGUACACUUCUUGAAGCAAACAACACUAUACUCUUGGGAAAAGAGAACUGCAACUUACCAAGAAUUGUACAAAUUAUAGCUGACACGUUUCUCAAAGAAGCAGUAGAUGCAUCCUCUGAUCUUGGAAAGCGAUUAAUAACUUUAUUGCGACAUAUUCAGAACAAUACAGAAUUGUUUUCAGUUUGUGUGAAUGUUUUGAAUCCUAAUCAGCUAGAAGCUUUAAGGUUAGCCUUAACAGCUCAGUGAAAGUUUUUCUCCUGUAUUGUGUAACAAGACUUUGAUACUGCUAUGUAUGAGUGCUUCAGUUUUGCUCACAAGAAACUAAAAGCUUACAAAAAAAAAAAACAACCCUUUCAAGUGUUAUUAUCAAGAUGCACUUGUAAAAUUGACUCCCUGACAUUGCAGGCCAAGUUAAAUGAAUAAAUAUUUUUAAAAUGACUUUUCUGACUAAUAUAAAUUUCCUUCAAUACAAAAAAAAUUACCUCCAUUUUGAGAUUGUUGUGCUUCAAAUGAUUCUUAUUCAUGAUUGUGCAUUUAUAAUAAUUUUAUUUAAAAAAAAAAACUUAAAUCAUUUUAUAUCUACAGAUUUGUUAAUGUUGGAGUUACGAAAUUUUGAAUGUCUUCAUUAAAAUCUAAUCUGUUACCUAUUCAUAUCUAUCCAGAGCUUUUCAGUUGCUGUUAUAUGAAUGAUUGAUCAUUAUUUGAGCAUUUUGUGACAUUUUUAUUUUACUUUCUAAAUCUUCCAUAAUGGUAAUUGCAUUGUAAGCUUUCUGGUGAAAAUUUUGAUUUUGAAUUGUGGUAAUUUUGCUUUAGUUCCAGCAAUAUUUAGUUAACUUUUGAUUUCUGUAAGAUGUACAAUAUAUUACAAAACUCAAAAGUUGAAUCAAAAUGUUAUAGUUAUAGUAUUUUAAUUUGUAAUUACUUUGCUAUGCGAUUUGUUGAAAAUGUUUAUAACUGAUUCUUUUGAUAUUUUUAAGAUACUAGUGAGAAAAGAUAUUUUGUUAAAUAAAAAAUUAAUCAUCUUUAAUUUGAAAAUUAGCUAAAUAUUAUAUUCAAAUGUACGAAUAAUUGAAUUUAGUGAAUUAUCUAUGGAGAAGAUUCGAUUCUGGUUGUUGCAAAUUUAUUUAUUCUUUAUUUUUUAAUGGUCUAAUAGAAUACCAAAUAAAAACAGGUUAAUUGACUUUCUAUUCAAUAAGCUUGGAAAGCUAAUUUUAUGUUAUGUUAGGCUUUUUAGUCCUAGUACAAUUGGUUAUUUAUGUUGGGUAUGCUGAGCAUUUUUCGUGAGGUAUUAUUUUGAUUUAAUGCUAAAGAAGUGAGGUGGGAUUUUGCUUAUAAAUAUUAGUUCCUAUAUUCUAGUAUCCUGCUAGUCAUAAAACAUUUAUCAUGCAUUUUUUAUAUUUCAAGCUCGAACUUAUUUCUUCUGUCAGCAAUUCAUUUUAUUUUUUGUAAGUAAUUUUACUUUAUUCUAGUAUCAAAACCUGUGUUUAUACUGUAACUAUAAUUUGUAUUUAAGGAACAAUUUAAAAAUAUAUAUUUUGUUAUUUUCUAAAGCAGCAACUGUUAGGGCUUUGAAAUAUUUUUAAUCUUCAUUUUUGUUUCCUUAGCUGUUUUGCAUUGAUUUUUUAAAACUUUUUAUGCUUAAGUUUUUGCUUAAUUUCAAAAUCUGUUGGGCUUUAUUAUUACACUUUGAAGUAAUAAUUUUCAGGUGGCUUAAAUUUUCUUGGAUAGUACAAUUUUAGUGACAUUUUAUUAAAUUAUUUAUAGCUUAAAUACUAUGAUUUGGUAACUAUUUUUAAUUGUUCUUUCUCCAGAAUUUUCUUCUAUUUUUCGUCUCCUUAAAUGUAUAUUUGUAAAAUUUAAAUCCUUAAAAGCAUCAGUAGGUGUGUUCAUGUAAAGAAAAGGUGAAAGUACCAUUAAUAUUCUAUAAUUGUAGGCUGGAAUUUUAUUUGUAUUGCCUGGAUGUGAUAUCAAGUUCAUACUUGAAGUUUUUUCCUUCAUUAAUUAAGCACUCAUUCAGUUCUGGUAAUUAAACAUUUUAAUCAGUUAAAUGGAAAAGCAAAUGCUGCUUUGUUCCAGGUUUAAUUAGUUUGUAUUAUAAGUUUUGCAAUGUCUUAAAUAGUACCCAUAUUAUAGUACUUACUACAUCGAUUUUAAAUUGGUUUUCUGUUGUGUUAAAUAUUUGAGAGAAAUAAAAUUUUGAAAUCACUUUUUACCAUUCAAAAUAACCUCAUACUGGCAAUCUGCAGGUUCAGAAAACUAUUUUUUUAAAUGUCUUUGUACAUAGUAAUUGUUUAAUCUUGUUACAUGAUUGAUAUUUGAGAUAAAAGCAAAUUAACUGGAAACCUAAAUCAUCAUACCUUGAAAUGCUUGUCCAUUGUUUCCAAGAUGUACAUUUUAACUAUUGUGGAAAUAAAGAUGUUGCACUUAA